AUGACAACGUCUAACGAAGAUUUAAAUCCAUUCAACCAGACCGAUGAAUUGGAUGACUACAAUGAGGAAUACGAUUCAAAUAAAUUUACAGCUCCGUUCACUCCUGACCAGCUCGCGCCUAAAUCGACUACGCACGAUAACGUGAAUAUCCAGAUUAUAGACGCAGUGAGAUCCAAUGAGGGCGCUAAAGCAUCAUAUAUCACUUAUAUUAUUCAAUCUGAUUCUCAGCAAGUCGCAAGAAGAUAUUCCGAAUUCGAAUCAUUGCGCCAUGUCCUUGGAAGGCUCUACCCUACGCUCAUCAUACCACCUAUACCUUCAAAGCACUCAAUCGGUGAAUACGCCAACAAAUCAAAAGAAGAGACUAAAAUAGUCACGGCCAGGAAGACAACACUGCAGGAUUUCUUGUCACGUAUCGCAAAACACCCGAUUCUUGGCAGAGAACACUUCUUCCACAAGUUCUUAUCUGCAGAGAUAUCCUGGAAACACGUUCUUAACAGUCCUCCUAUUUCUAAAUUGCCUAGAAACCCCUUACACGUUUCUUCAAACGAUCCCACAAAUGACAAGAACGUUGCUGCAUAUGCGUCAUUACCCACACCUUCCCCUUCUCAGCCACUAAGAAGACCUGAUCAAAGGUUUCUCGAUAGUGAAAUGUUCACCGCAAAGUUUGCUCAGCAUUUUGAGAGCUCUUUGGAGAGGGUUGAUAGACGAACGACCAAGAGGUGGUCUGGUAUCGCCAAUGAUUAUGCCGAAUUGGGAGCCGUCUUCAAUGGCUUUGGUCUGACUGAGUCAGAUACACUGGCUGCUGCUUUAGAAAAGAUUGGUCAAGCUGUUGAUUCGACGUACAUAUCUACAAACGCAAUGCUUCAAGCUUGGGAGAAGGACUUCUCAAAGCCAAUACACAUUUAUAGUCAAUUUGCUCAUAUCAUCAAAAAGCUGUUGGAAUACAGACAUCAAAAGCAUGCGCAGCAUGAAAUGCUUAUCGAUGCACUGGGUGCUAAACGCGAGCAUCUCGUUGAGCUAGAAAGAUCUGAACAAGAGGCACAAAGAUUAGACGCAGCCUUGUCUAAAGGGCUCUCAUCUACGAAAUUACUGGAUGAACCGCAACAAGAUCAAGAGCAAUUACAAGACAACAACAACAAUGAAAAUAGUCCAAAUGAGCAAGAAGAUAUGCCUUCUCAAUCGAUAUUAACCGAUAACUCAUCGAGAGAGGUAAAAAAGCAGAAAAGCAACUUGAGUUUCUUGGGUGCUAUAUCACACACACUUCAAGGCAUUAUGGAUGCUGAUCCUGAAGCUACCAGGAGAAAUAGUAUUGGUAAGACGCGCGAGUCUAUUCAAGGACUCGAGUCAGCAUUAGAAGCAUCUACAUACGACGUAAGCUAUACAAGCCAAACAAUACAAGCCGAUUUGGAUAGGUUCCAACGACAGAAGGUUGCUGAUAUACGAGAAAUGUGUAUAUCUUAUGCAGAGUGUCACUCUAACUGGGCUAAAUCUAACGUCGAAAUUUGGGAAGAAGCCAAGAAAGAGAUUGAAGGCAUAGAUACCAGUUUGAAUGACGAAGAGAUUGAGGAAUACUCGCAUCAAUUUGAUGAUAUUUGA